AUGGAGUGCUGCUGCAUCAUCGCUAAGUUCGGCUUUACGGCAUCGUCAACUUAUUUUGUCGCUGCACAUUGCUGUCGCCAUAUGCACAUCCUUGCGGUCGCUGUAGAUGGCGCUGCAUUUGUCGAGGAGGUCUUUCGCGGCGGUGGCCAUGGAGUGCACGCUUAUAUCGCGGAUAUCGAAGAUGAGGGAGCUGUUGAGGCCCUAUUCGCAAGCCGAGGCUUGAAAUUGCCUGUGGUCAUCGCGCGUGAGCCCAUGGUGGAAAUUUCCAGGAGCGAGAAUAGCAGGAGAGCCAGGUGGGCAGGCUUUUGGACCGUAGUCGAUGCAAAAGAGGAGGAUGAAGAUGUGGGUGAGAAGAAGGUCGACAGGUGCCAGCAGCUACGGUCAUUGCAUUCUUCACCUGGCAUGGCUUUGAUAGAGAUUUCGAAAGAUGUUGGCGUUUGGCCUAGCGCUUCGAACAAAGUGGUUGAUGCUUUGAGUUCUUUCGCUGUUACCUCACUUUAG